AUGGAUCCAGAUAUUUAUAAUGAAAUUGAGGCGAAUUUUGCGGACAACGCUUUAAAUUAUGGACAGGCAAAUGUACAAAAUAAUUUGAGAGUAAAUGUUUUGAACGACGUCGUAAGGAGACCGCCAAAACGGAUAUUGAUACCUGAUAAUUAUGAAGCACUUGAUUGGCAUAUGCGAGUAAACUGCAAUAGUUAUGAAACAGAACGCGAUAUGAGACGAGAAAUUCUUGGCGAUGAAAUGGUUGAACGCCUUACACGACGCAUUUCAUGGGCUCGGAAAAGGCGUCGUUUAAUAGACUUACAAAAAGAUGCAGAAGAGACUGAACAAAAUAUAUCAACAAAGCCGAAAAAAAGCGAAAUAUUGCUAUACCCACCGACUGAUGGUACGCCGUGGAUCGGUUUUACAGCUCCGACAGUCCUCCAAAGAUUUUACAUACUGCUAAGGGAUGUUAAACAACCGGUUGAUAAUGAUAGCAUUGAUAAACUACGAAGUGAUGCUUUGAAGUUUGGUUUCACCGAAAAAGUAUUAAAUUCUGGAAUUGAUGUUGAGGUUCCUGAUGUUAUUCCCGAAGGUUUGGAAGAAGAAUCUUCGUUUACUCACGAUAAGUUGUGGGUUGAGAAAUAUGCGCCGCGUACUUAUACUGAUCUUAUUAGUGACGAGACUGUGAAUCGUUUGUUGUUAAAUUGGUUAAGAUUGUGGGACGAGUGUGUCUUUCAUAGAGCUGUCCCGGAUGUCGUCCUGAGAGGUGCUUCAAAUCAACAACUUCUUUUGAACAAUGAAAAACCAAGGCGUCCAUCAUAUAAAGUAGUGCUCCUGGCUGGACCUGCUGGUACUGGUAAAACUACAUUAGCAACUUUGGUGGCGCAACAUGCUGGAUAUCGAGUAGUCAGUUUGAAUGCUAGCGAUGAGCGAAAUACUGCGGAUUUCGAAAAAUGCUUUGAAGAUACUUUACGAACUACAAGGACUUUGGAUGCUAAUUCCAAACCAAAUUGUCUUAUUUUGGAUGAAAUAGAUGGCGCACCAACACAGUCAAUUCAUUAUUUGUGUAAAGCUAUAACUGCAACUGGAAGACAUUCGCUUCGACGACCAGUAAUAUGCAUAUGCAACAAUCUGUAUAAUCCCUCUCUGCGUGAAUUGCGAUCAGUUGGUCUAGUGUUGCAAUUGUCAAGAACUGAUGAAAAGCGUUUAAUCAAAAGACUCCAUGAGGCACUCAUUUUUGUUCGCUCUUAUUUAUUGAAUAAAUUUACUCUCAUAUCGAAAUUAGAGCAUCUGGAGGUUGAAUCAAGCGCACUGACGGAAAUUAUUCAUUUAUGCUCAUGGGAUCUCCGUUCCGCAAUCAACAGCUUACAGUUUAUCGCGUCUAAAAAUUAUGCUACAAUUGAUCGAAAAGCUGUUCUUAAGUUUUGCGAACGUGAGAAACAGUUUGGUGACAAGUCAUUGUUCGAUUCAUGGGCUUCAGUUUUCGAAAUUUCUCGACAUUUGGAUGCAAAUGGUCACAUUCGAGAUGUUGCUUCACGUGUCAAGCAAAUUUCACUUAUUACAGAGCUACACGCAAACGAAAGCGAUCGCUUUUAUAUGGGACUUUUUACCAACUAUUUGAGAAGCAAAAAUUCCACUGUGCUGACAAAUGCUUCGAUGGCGAUCCGUGAAUUAUGUUAUUAUGAUCGAAUAGUUACAUCCAUGAAUAGUGUGCAGGAUUAUAAUUUGCUGAAAUAUUUGUCCGCUGUAUGCGUCAGCAUACAUAUGCUUUUGUGCUGUAGAGGUCGAACACAGCUGAGCUUCCCAACAGAAUAUCACAAUUCAGUGCAGCGUUGUGAGCAAUCUGUUGAAAUAGUAGAAAGUGUCCGGGCUGGAGCAAUGCUGAAAAAUCUUUCUCUGUCAACAGUUGCACUCGAAAUUUUGCCGUAUCUCAUCAAUAUUGUGCAACCGGAUUUUAAACCGGUUGAAAUGAACACCCAGCUAUAUAGUGUUCGAGAACUUAACCUUCUGCAUUCAAUUGUUAGCAUCAUGCGUACAUAUUCUCUUACAUUCACCUCUGUUUCGCAGGAUGGAUCCGUCAAUUUUGUUUUUAAGCCUGCAAUCGAUCAGCUGGUUAUGUUUACCGAUGACAAUGCAUACCACAAUAAUCGGUCCUCGAAUACACUGUCCAAUGUUGCUAGACAACUAAUAGCACAUGAGAUUGAACUGCAAAAAUUGCGAAAUGUCGAUUCUUUGCCUAACGGAACCGUUGAUGAUUUAGCAGAGAAUAUGAAGAAAAAGUUGAAUAAACCUGUGAAGUUUGGGACAGGAAUUACGUUUUGUUACAACUCGGGAUCAUCAAGUGCCAUAAGGCGGCAAAUCACGAUAAAAAAUUUGUUCUCAUCCUAG